GAUGUGCUUCUUGAGGAUCUCAUUCUGCAUUUAGUCUCCAUCAGCUGUUAGAAUAUUCCCUCUUCUGGGAAGAUGUUCCACUAGAUUUCUGGGUGAUGCGCUCAUUCAGUGGUAAGUACGUAUGUUAGUAAAGUCAGGUCCUGGUGUAGGUGAGGUGAGGUGAGGUAAGGUGAGGAGAGGUGGUUUCUGGGGUGCAGUCAGUGUUCACAUUUAUUAAUCUUUGAAAGGGUUGGAGCUCUAUAGCAGGAGAUCUCCCCAUCUUCCACUCCAAACCCAUGUCAUGGAGCUGGCUUUGUAGCUCUUUCAGGGUUUCAUCUGAUGCUGGGGCUGUUAUUAGUGUAGUGGUGUGUAUAAAUGUCUAGAACCAGCCCUGCACACACACACACACACACACACACACACACACACACUGUGCCCCCACUGUGUAAUAAGGUACAACGUAAUGGCUCAGUGACGGAGAGACGCGCGCGCGCGCUGAGACACAGAGAGACAGAAAGAGAAGCGCGCGUGAGGAAAGACGCGCUUUGCGAAACUGUGAAAGCCGCGGAAAGUCUGUAGGUUUUUUUUUUUAGCUUCGCUUUUUGUCUCUCUCUCUCUCUCUCUCUCUCUCUCUCUCUCUCUCUCUCUCUCUCUCUCUCGCGCGCGUGGGUGAUUCGAGAAGGCGGGGGAGGAGGGAAAUCCGCCGCUGGUUGGUUUCCUCCUUUUCCAGUCUCUUUCACACUCUUAUAAAGAUCUAGUCCGCCACGCGCCUCGGAAGAACCGACCAGAGCGCGAGACGCAAGCAGGUGGUGGUGAUCUCUCUUCACUUUAAAGCGCACAGGAUCACAGGAUCACAGGAUCACCAGAACGCGCUGUUUUCUUUGCUCUCGUCGUUUAAUGUCAAAAACAACAAAAAACUUUCCGAAUAUCCGUUUUAUUCUCCUAACUUGGGAUUAACAUCGUCCUCAUCCUCCUCAUCCUCAUCUUCAGCCCAGCUCAUCCUCACACUGCACCAUGUCCUCUACAGAUGUGGAGAGGCUCCAGCCAUCUUCUCCUCAGCAGCGCAGCAGGUGCAUGGACUUGUUCCUGCUCGGCUCCGUCAUCACGCUCUUCAUCAUGCUCCUGUCUGGAGCCGCGCUCGGCUUCUGGGUGGUAAAAGACCUGCGCGCGCGGACCGAGAGCCUCACGCGCAAUGCCGAACCCAUCAUAGCGGGUCUGAGCCAGCAUCGGGGAGGAGUACCGGACCUGGGACCGUCCUACAAGAUGGAGAAUUUCGCCUACUUGAAUACCGAUUCCAGUGAGCUAAAAAACGGUAGUAUGCUGUGGCACCCCAUCAAGUACGGAAACACCACCAGCGUAGGCAAACGCUACGAGUACAUUUCAAACCAGGGAGUGCUGAAGAUGAAGCAGGAAGGCACCUACUUCCUGUACGCCCAGCUCAACCUGACCUGCACCGGCCCCUGCGCUAACGGAUCCCUCAGCAUUAUCUUCAAUGAUGAGAAUUUGACCGAGCAGCUGUACUGCUCAAUUCAUCUCCACCUUCCCAAGACACCAUCGGGGCAUUUAGUGGAGAAAUGUUGGACCGUGAUGCCUCGGGUUGCAGCCAACACCCGACUCAUGGCCAGGAUGCACGCCCGCGUGGUACCCAAGGCAUGGAGGCUCGACCUGAACCACUCCGGGUUCGGCAUUUUCCUGGUGGACGGGUCUUAGAGGGAGGCGGAGCAGAAACCUGGGUGGGAAACUGACAUGUGAAAGCGUGUGCUAUUAUAGGGUGCUGACUCAAACCAUGCUUGAAACCAAAGAAGAAAAAGCAACAACCUCAAGCGUCUUCAUUUUUGCACUUUUGAAAUGCGCUGAAGAUAAACGUACUCCUGUGUCAUGACUGCGUACUAACGUAUAACUGUUGCUUCUUUUGUAUGGGAAGCUCACGUGACGGAGGAUCCGAGCAAGGACAUUUCUCACCCACAGACGUUUCUGAUCACGUUUAAGCUUCGGGAUGUCGUGUUACGUGUCCUGGAUAUUGCAGUAUAUUAGCAUGUGUUGUCCAAGUGACGCUGCUUUCUCAGGAAGAACUUUUUACAGAGCACUAUUUAUAUAUUUUUAUAUGAUCAUAAUCUAUUUAUAUACUAUUUCUAUGUAUGUACGUAUAUAUUUAUGCAUUGUUUUGUUUUGCUAAACUGUUGUACUGUAAGACAGCAGGGAUUAUUUUACUGUUACACAGUAGCCGAAGAGUAUUCAUCACUACAGAUGUACGGCCACCAUGCUGGCUAGCGACAGGCACCGAGCGCUAAUCACGCUCAGUAAUUCAGUGCCUGGAUUAAAGAGCUCAGGCGUCCUGUACGUGUCUUCACCACGACCUGGCGAGAUUUAUGUAAUGUCUCUCUGACUGAGACUUUCCAUGUGAUUGUUAAUUUAUAUUCAGGAAUAUUAUGCUAAUACAUCAUCAAUAAAAGGACUUCAUUACAGUGAAACCUCUGAGUCUCUGAGUCCACAUAAAUUA